UAAGUGAUAAAAUGUAUUCAGUCAUCAAAGUGUUGAUAAUUAUCUCGAUUAUAAUCGAGGUUAAAACACAGACCAAUUAUAGCACAGAAUCUGACAGUUUUACCGACAUUUUAUAUCUCGAUGAGACACCUAAUUCGGCCGACAAUUUGACAAACAAUAGGGCAAACAAUUCCUCAACCAAUACAACCAUCACUUCCAGCCAUAAACACAAACACUAUAAGAAUACUCACUUUAAAUUAAGUCUAGUGGGCAUUCAUACAGUGGUUUCGGCAAUAUUUACAAUCAUUUAUUACUUAUGUACUCAUAACAAGAGAGAUGUGAUACACUUUCUGGUCAUUUAUCUCUCGGGUCUGGUCCACACGUUUUCCGGCAUUUUGCUGAAUCAUAUCAAACGGUGGACAGAGUUUCGGUCAUUCAGUGGACUAACGAUUUUAGUUAAUCCAUUGAUGGGAUUGAAAAAUAAUUUAGAGACAACAACAGUGUCCAGAAUGUCUUCAUUGAUGGACAAUAAUGUGUAUCACUUGGUCUCGUGGAAAGACAUAUGGCUUGAGUUCAGGGAUGGUAUGGUUCUGGUGCAGAGCCAGUCCAUGAUUAUGUCGUCGGUGUCCGUAUUCUUCCCAUUGAUUAUUGAAUUCUCCCACUUAUCCGGUGCUAUACUUUGCGCCAUAGGAUUGUUGACAUCAAAUACAACCUCUUUUAUACUCGGUAUCAAAAUAUUAAGUAAUUUCCCGGAAUCGGUGGCUAUUAUCGUGUUUUUCAUAAUUCUUGAGCCCCUGUUGUUGUCGCUCUCGUAUGGGAACAGAAAAACGCGACAAAUACUGACACAAAGUUGGGCUCCGAUUAUUACAUCGAUGAUCAUCUCAUCCGGAAGUGGUUUCAUCUUUAGAGAAGCGGAUAAAAUGUUUGAUAGAUUGGCGAUAUUUAUACCGUUGUUUAAUAGGUUUUCGGGCAAUUGUAUGUCUCAACACACAUCAGGCAUAUCCUCAUCACUUCAUCGCAUGGGACCCAUUGGAACCGUUGACAAGAAAUUUAAAAUUUUUGUCUCUUUUUAUUAUAUAUUCUGUUCAAAAGAAAAUAGAAACUCGAAGACAUCUACAAUAUUAUUGUUAAUCGACAUUCCGGUCCAUAUAUUGUAUAUUCUGGUCAUUAGUAUUACACAAUACGGCGAAGACUUUGAUUUGAAUCAUAUAUUUGUUUUCUUGUAUUCAUUAGUCUCUCUCAUAAAAACAACACUUCUAUUGCACAUAACGUAUGCGUUCACACAUUGGGUUUGGUAUUGCGGUUACGAUCCGGACAUCCAUGCGAUCCCUAUCUUGAGAGCCAUAAUAGAUGUCAUUGGAAGCGCUUUCCUAUUCCUCCUCUUCACGACAGACAUAAUGCAGUUUCUAAUCAUUUUGCUCUCCGGACUCAUCCAAACGUUUGCCGGCCUUUUGCUGUUUGCGGUGAAACGUUGGCCAGAGUUUCGGUCAUUCACUGGACUAAUGAUUUUGAUUAAUCCGUUGAUGGGAUUGAAGGGCAAUCUGGAGAUGACAACCGCCUCAAGAAUGUCAACACUGAUGAACAUUCGCGAAGACUUGGUUUCGUGGAAAGACAUCUGGAUUGAGAUCAGGGAUGACAUGAUUUUGGUUCAAAGUCAGGCCACGAUUGUCUCAUUUAUAGCCAUACUCUUCCCACUUAUGGUUGAGUUCUCGCACACAUCGGGUGUUAUUCUCUGUGCCAUCGGUUUAUUGACAUCAAAUACCGCCUGUUUUAUACUCGGAAUUACUAUACCACUGGUGAUUGUUAUGUCCAAACAUUAUGAAAUGUUAGGCCACGACCCUGAUGAUUUUGCGACACCAAUGGCUUCAUCGCUCGGAGAUUUGGUAACUCUAAUAGCGUUGACGUGUUUUGUCUGGUCUUUUGUGAACACAAACGAGAGACUGAAAUAUUUUGUUGAAUCGAUGGCUGUUAUCGUGUUUUUCAUAGUUCUUGAGCCCCUGUUGUUGACCAUCACGUAUAGGAAUAAGAAAACACGUAAAAUAUUGACAAAUAGUUGGGCGCCUAUUAUCACAGCGAUGGUCAUCUCAUCCGCCAGUGGUUUCAUCUUCAGGAAAGCCGAUCAACAGUUUGAACGAUUGGCAACAUUUCAGCCGUUGUUCAAUGGGUUUUCCGGUAUUUGUGUCGCACUUCAGGCCUCAAGAAUAUCGACUUCACUGCACCGAAAGGGACCCAUUGGAACCGUUGACAACAAGUUCAGAAUAUUUGUGUCUUUUUAUUAUAUUUUAUGUUCAAAAGAUAACCCAAACUCGAGGACAUCUAUAAUACUAUUAGUGAUUGUGAUUCCGUGCCAUAUAUUGUAUAUUCUGGUCAUUAGUAUUACUCAAUACGAAGAAGACUUUGAUUUGAAUGUAGUGUUUGUCUCAUUGUAUUUGUCGGUCACUUUCGUUAAAUCAAUAUUUCUAUUGUACAUCACAUAUGUGUUUACACAUGGGUUCUGGUAUUACGGACACGACCCGGACCUCAACGCCAUCCCAAUCCUGACGGCCAUAAUCGAUGUCAUCGGAAGCGCCACUCUAUUCCUCCUCUUCAUUAUUCUUAAGACAUUCAACGAUACAAACGCUAUAGACGUC